AUGACCCGUUAUAUGUGGCUCUCUCUUCCUUACGCAAACAAAGCUUUUCAAAGAUCAGACAAUUUACUUAACACCAGUUUCUCCGGAUUGCCUUUAAUGGCUAACAGGUCGACUUUCUUUCCUUGGGGCAACUUUACUCUGGACGAUUGGGAGAGCUUUGUGGGGUCGGCAAAAUAUGAGGCCGGAUCCCAAAAUACAACCGUCAAGGCUUUGCUAAUCGUAGCAUAUUCGGUUAUUAUAGUGAUUUCCCUCUUUGGAAAUGUUCUUGUGUGCCAGGUCGUGAUAAAGAACAAACGGAUGCAUUCUGCCACCAGCCUGUUCAUUGUUAAUCUCGCUGUAUCGGAUAUCAUGAUAACUCUUCUUAAUACUCCUUUUACACUGGUUCGGUUUGUUAAUAGCACUUGGGUUUUUGGGACGGUCAUGUGCCACAUCAGCCGCUUUGCUCAGUACUGCUCGCUACACGUGUCCACUCUCACCCUGACAGCCAUCGCUUUGGACAGGCAUCAGGUUAUUAUGCAUCCGUUAAAAGCACGCAUGUCGACUGCUAAAGGUGUACUGUAUAUCAGCGUCAUCUGGAUUAUGGCGAGUUGUUUCUCUCUUCCUCAUGCCAUCUAUCAGAAGCUCUUCAAAUUUGAAUACAGUAAAGAAAAGAUUCGGAGUUUAUGUGUCCCAAACUUUCCAGAGCCGGCAGAUCUGUUUUGGAAGUACCUGGACUUGGCCACAUUUAUGAUGUUGUAUGUGCUGCCCCUUUUAGUCAUCACUGUCACGUACACUACUGUGGCCAAAAAGUUAUGGUUUCGCAAUGCAAUUGGGGAUAUAACGACAGAGCAGUACUUUGCACAUCGACGGAAAAAGAAAAAGACAAUUAAAAUGCUGAUGCUGGUUGUGGUAGUAUUUGCUGUCUGCUGGUUUCCACUUAAUUGUUAUGUCGUCCUCAUAUCUAGUCAAAUAAUUCAUACAAACAAUGCUCUCUAUUUUGCAUUCCACUGGUUUGCCCUGAGUAGCACUUGCUAUAACCCAUUUAUCUAUUGCUGGUUGAAUGAAAGUUUUCGUUUAGAACUCACAUCACUCUUGAAUAUAUUCAGAAGAGAACAUGGAGUGCAGGAACAUAUUCUCCCUUCUAUGGUCCCCUCUUACAGAUUAGCCUGGCCAGAAGAGAGUAACUACAAGAGAAGACAAGAUCCUCAGAGUCUUCACUCAAACAGUAACAUCCAGUCAGGAAAGACAGACAUUUCAUCAGUUGAGCCAGUAGUAGCUAUGAGCUAGAAAUGGGAUAUCUGUCAAUUUCUGUCAUCAUCUUAUGAGAAAGUAGUAUCAUGUAUGGU